AUGCCCGGCUCCAACGGCCAAACAGACCAGCAUAUCGAUAAGCGGGACUUCGAUGCCAACAGACCUCUGUUGCUGGCUUCGGACCAGGAAGGCUCGAAUGAGGAGUGGAAUACAGAUUUAGAUCGUUCUCGACCGAUAUCACAUUAUUCGCGCCGCUCGGGGGAUAGCCGACGCGGUGUAGGAAGCGACGAUGGGCUCUUGAGCGAUGUUGUUGAUGGUAUUGUUGAGCGGGAUCGGCAGAAAAUGCACAAGGAGGUGGUGCGAGUAAUAAGCUUCGCUUGGGGAGUUGUUACCUGUCUCGGAGCGGGAAGUAUUACUGCCUUCUCGCUAUACGGCCAUCUCCUCCUUACUCGACUACGCUAUACGCAGCUCCAGGUCAAUAUUGUCUCGAUCGCCGCCGAGAUCGCUAUGUACUUGCUCGUUCCGCUGUUCGGAUACCUUUGUGAUCGGUACAGUCCGUCGCCGCUGGCUCUGUUCUCGGGAUUUCUAUUUGGUAUCGGGUACCUGCUUGCUGCCUUGACAUAUAAAAGUGGACCUCCCGCGGACGCCGGUGGCUCUGGCUGGCCAUUCUGGGUGAUGAUCGUGGCCUUCAUCGCCAUUGGAAUGGGUACCAGCUGUAUGUAUUUGGCAGCUGUAGCAACAUGCGCCAAGAACUACGGCAGGGGAAAACACAAGGGAAUCAUGCUGGCUAUCCCCAUUGCAGCAUUCGGUCUCAGCGGAAUGUGGCAGAGCCAAAUUGGAACAUAUGUUCUGUACGAGAAGAACGCGGACGGCAGUCGUGGUGAUGUGGAUGUCUUCCGGUACUUCAUGUUCCUGGCGAUCCUAUUGCUGGUCAUUGGGAUCAUUGGCACAGUUGCGCUGCGCAUUGUCGAUGGCGAUGAGGAGAAGUAUAUUGAUGAGACCGUUGAAGAGCUGGAGCGAAGUGGAUUGCUUGAAGAAAGUGAAUUCUUCCGGCCGCGGAAUGAGAUCAGAGCUGCUGUUGAGUACGGGACUUUUGCCGAUGACGAUGACGACCGCUCGAUAACUCUGUCCGAAGAAGAGCGCGAAGAACAAAGACGUGAGAAAGAGCGGGAAGAGGAGGAGCGUCGGAAGAAGAAUUGGCUACUCAACUAUGAAACCCGCGUCUUUCUUCAAGAUCCCACGAUGUGGUGGCUCGCUGCCGGUUUCUUCUUGGUGACGGGGCCCGGGGAAUCAUAUAUCAACAACCUCGGGACUAUCAUUCCAACCUUGACUCCUCCUUCCUACGAGGUAGACGCCUCGCCCCCAGCUGGUCUUCCCUCAACCCACGUCACCACCGUCGCAUUGACUUCAACAAUCGCCCGCCUUCUCACCGGCUCUCUGUCGGACUUCUUCGCCCCUCCAGCAACACAUCUCUUCCCACCUAUCCCAGAGGGAGCACGCCAUCGCCAUCCCACUCCAACCGACAACCGCCUAACAAUUUCCAGAAUGGCCUUCCUCCUCCCCUCAGCCUUCCUCCUCUCACUUGGCUACCUGAUUCUUUCCUCUCCCAUCCCAUUGCAAGAACCCGCCAUCUUCCACCUCACAACAGCCCUAGUCGGCUUCGGCUACGGCAGUGCCUUCUCUCUAACCCCAAUCCUUAUUUCAGUGGUAUGGGGCGUGGAAAACUUUGCCACGAACUGGGGCAUCGUUGCUAUGAUGCCUGCCCUAGGCGCUGCACUUUGGGGUGUAGUCUACUCCCGUGCCUACCAGAAUGCGAUUGAUGGGGGUGCAGGCUUUGGCUCCCCUGAUGGACAGUGCCAUGGCUGGAGAUGUUAUGGACUUUGGGCUGUGGGUUGCACUGCUAGUGUUUGGGUUGCUAUCGUGGUUUGGGCGGCUGCUUGGAGGGGCUGGAAGCGGAAGGGUGUUGUCGUUUAG